CGCCGCGUUUUAGAGGCAAGAGCCUCACAACGUAUGAAAUCAUUUCCAGAAUUCUACCAGGUCAGGAUUUGGUCUGUCUUAAUUAAGAGUAGAUAGCUUCUCUUCCCUCCACCUUUCAAGGUCAUUCCCGCCUACCAUUAUACGUACCAAUUACAUUUUCCCCUGGAAGCUGUGCGAUGGAUGAAAACCAGUCCUACUCAGGAGCAAAAGAAGGGCAGGAAGACUCCACAGAGACAUCCAAGCCUCACAGAGUCCAUUCUGGUGACAAGGACGAUUAUGAAGACAUGAAUUCAUGUCAAGCAACCCAGGAAGCAAAAGAGACCACCAACCAACCAGGGAUGUCCAUGUAUACACUCCAGAAAGUUCAGAUUAGAAAGUACCAAAUCAUCAUCAUCCAGACUGGCAGCUUUGACAGCAACGUAUCAACGAUUGAACGCCGGUAUUCUGAUUUUGAAAAGCUGCACACAAGCCUAUUUAAAGAGUUUUACGAUGAAAUGGAAGACCUUGUCUUUCCCAAAAAGAUCCUGACUGGCAAUUUCAUGGAUGAAGUCAUCCUGGAGAGAAAACUAGCUUUCCAGGAUUAUUUGCGAAUUCUAUACUCCAUGGAGUUCAUCAGGACAUCGCGAAUGUUCAUUGACUUCUUAACAAGGCCUGAGCUGGAAGAGGCCUACAGCUGCCUUCGAGGAGGACAAUACACCAAAGCUUUGGAAGGUCUUCUGGAGGCCGUAGCUUUGCAAGAGAAGCUCACAAAACACAGGCCCAUUCAGUUGGUUCCCACCCUAUGCGCCAUCCUUGUAUGUCACAAAGAUCUGGAGAACUUCAAAAGUGCCUUCGAGUUUGGAGAAAAGGCCCUACAGCGUUUAGAAAAACACCCCGGUCAUCGGUACUACCUACCAUUGCUAGAAACAAUGAUCUCUUUAGUAUAUGAGCUUGGGAGAGAUUUCUUGUUCUUCCAAAAGAAGAUGGAAGAGAGGAAGGCCAAGAAACUUCCACAGAAAAUGUUGACGCUGAAGGAACUGACAGUACAGGAAUAUGUGUAAUGAGGGGAAGAAAGGGAGAGAAAUAUAAUGCAGCUUUUGACGAGACAGGAACAUUUUCCCAAUAGAAAGAUUUGAAAGAUAUUGGGAACUU